AUGGAAGAUACAGAAACCACCAACAACAGUGGUCCAAAGGAAAUACAAAAAAUACUUGAAGAUUUAGAACUUGCAUACGAAAAUGACAGAAAAUCAAAUGAAGAAGGCCACCCAGCCUUAAAUAAGCUAAAUAUAAUGGACUCAAUGUACGACAGAUUAUUAAAGCGAAAAAAUCAGCAAGAAUUACUUGACUCUGGAGUACUUUCCUGUCUCAAAAAGUGGCUUGAACCACUUCCUGAUAUGUCAUUACCACACGAUGAUGUAAAAAAGGGAGUACUUGAUAUAUUAUUGCACCUUACACCAGAAGUAGAGCACUUAAAAGAGAGUGGGAUAGGGAAGAUAAUCUUAUUCUAUUCAAAGAAUCCAUACGAGAAGAAGGGAAUAAAGCAAAUGGCAAAACAAUUAACACUGAAUUGGAUAAAAAUAGCAUCAGAGGAGGAUGAGGGCAUGUACUAAU